GGUCAGUAGACCAGUCAGUCGCAGCGCCAAUGUCGGCGCCGCGACUGACUUUAACUGUUUACAUGAAGUAAGUAGUAGUGGUGCGUUUCUCACGAUGAGCACACGUGUGUGAAGUCAGUGGGAAAAAUGAAUUCGCGAAAACAACUGAAACGACGAUUUAAUUAUUUGUUGAAAAAUUUAUCAAUUUUGCUGUUGAAUGAGUUAAUAGAAAUGGUAGAAAAUUAGAUAACUAAAAAUAAACGACAAUGGGUCUGAAGCUUGGGAUUCAUUCGGCUGAUCCCAAAAUUGUGGGAGGGGAUGACGCACCAGAUGGCGCUAUAAAAUAUCAGGUGUCCCUCCAAAAUGUGGGUAGUCACUUUUGUGGUGGAUCCAUCAUAGAUAAAAAAUGGGUGGUCACGGCUGCUCAUUGUACAAUUGACCGUCCAACUAAAUCUUUCAAAGUUGCGGUGGGAAUCAAUAAACUGUCAGACAAGGGUACAGAAUAUACACCUGAUAAAGUGAUAAUCCACGAAAAGUUUGACAGGAAACUAUUUACAAAUGAUAUUAGCCUUGUGAAAAUAGAGCCUGGGAUAGAACUUAAUGAUAGAGUGAAUCCAGUGGGUUUGCCUACUACUAACACCGAUUCUGGAGCAACUUUGACAUUAACAGGAUGGGGCAGGAUAAGUAGCGAUGGUCCACUACCAAAUAAACUUCAGAUUGUUGAAGUAACUUCGAUAACAACUAAACAAUGCAAGAUGAAAUAUAAAUCUUUCAAACAGCCAAUUACGCCUUCACAUCUUUGCACACACGCGCCACCUCGAGAAGGAAGCUGUCAGGGAGAUUCUGGCGGUCCUUUAGUAACUAAUGGAACUCUUGCUGCCCUGGUUUCCUGGGGGACAAGAAGUUGUGGUCACAGCCAAGUUCAUCCCGAUGUCAACACUAGAGUCUACUCUUUCGUAGAUUGGAUAAAAGAUACGAUGAGCAAGAAUUGAAAUGAAUAAAUAUUUGCAUUGAGUA